AACAAGUUACAUUUAAAAAUCACACAGAAUAAAGAGAGAAGAGAAAAAAUUGUUCAUCAUAAUAAUCAGCAUCAUCUGAUUGUCUUCAUUGUUCAUCAUCUUAAUCAUCUUAAUCAUCAUUAUCAUCAUUAUUUGUCAACAAUAGUGAAAAGUCGAGAAGAAAAAAAAAGAUAAUUAUUUUUGUGUUUGUUUCCAAGAGCAGUUUUUAUACGAUUCAGUUUAUUGAUUGGGAAAAGAAACAGAUAACACCAUGAAAAAAGGGGAAAAUGUUUCAAUAUUUAAAAUGUAAUUUUCAUCAACAGUUGUGUGUCAAGUGAAUCUGUGAUUAUCGAAAGUAAAUAGAUGAAAAUUUUGGAAAAGGUUAAACUCUUGAAAAGGUAAAAACGCGAAAAGGUAAAAGCAGAGAUUUGUAGUUAAAUGUGACUAAAUGUCUCAUCGAGAAUGUGUACUCAACUGUUUAUUCACCAUGGCCAAUCCAGCUGGAUCAAUUGAUUGGAAUGGAUUUAAUUAUCAGACAGCAUCGUCAACAAACGCUAAUAGCAACAACACUGGCAACACCAACUCAUCGAGCAACGGUUCAACCGGUGGCAACACAGUCUCUAGGUCAAGUGGUGCAACUAAUGGUGUAAGUGAAGGUGCAGGCAAUAGUGGCAAUGGGACCAAUGGAAAUGGUUCAUGUACUGGGAGUGCAAGUGUCGGUGGAGGUGGUGGGGGUGGAAGUGGUACUAAUGGUAGUGGUUCCACUAGUGGUAGUCCUGGUGACUAUGCUGGUUCACCUGGUGGUACAAGUGGCCCUCAUGGCCAUGGACACCAUGGUCACACUGGACCCGGUGUUAAUGGGCUUCGUGAACUUUCUUCCCAGUGUUCGUACAAUAAUAAUGAAUCGUUUUUAGUGAACGGAAUGAUUCCCGGUUUCCAUCAUCACCAUCAUCAUCAUCAUUCGGCAGCAAGUCCCAUUACCGCUGCAGCCGCAGCAGCUGCUCAUUCAAUGCAAUCACCCUUUCAUCCAAACCAUCAUCAUCAUCAUCCAACAGUGCACACAGCCAACCAUCACCAUCAUAAUCAUCAUGCCUUUGCCACCUCAACUCCACCUCAUCACACACCAAGUGAUCCUGGUCUGUUAGAUGCUGAUCCAAGGGAAUUGGAGGCUUUCGCUGAAAGGUUUAAACAACGUCGAAUCAAGCUCGGAGUAACUCAGGCUGAUGUGGGUCGAGCUCUAGCCAACCUCAAGUUACCCGGUGUUGGAUCGCUCUCUCAAAGCACCAUUUGUCGAUUUGAAUCAUUGACGCUUUCCCAUAAUAACAUGGUUGCCCUUAAACCGAUACUCCAAGCCUGGCUGGAAGCUGCUGAAGCUCAAGCACGUAAAGUACGUGGCCGUGAAGGUGCUCACGACUGUCCCUCAGUGUUACCUUCAAGUGAUAAGAAGCGCAAAAGAACGUCAAUAGCAGCACCAGAGAAACGGUGUCUUGAAGCAUACUUUAACACCCAGCCCAGGCCGUCUGGUGAAAAGAUAGCCGCAAUAGCCGAGAAACUUGACUUAAAGAAAAAUGUAGUUCGAGUUUGGUUCUGCAAUCAAAGGCAAAAGCAGAAAAGGAUGAAAUAUUCAGCCGUCAAUGGGCCAGGAAACAUGACGGGAUAACAAAAUCGAUUAGUGAAAGAAAAAAGUAAAGCAAAUAGACAAAUGAGCCAAGAUCCAUAUCAUCACCUUCAUCUUCACAUUCAUCAUCAUCCUCAUCAUCCUCAUCAUCAAAAUGGGCAAAAACGGCAAACAGAACAAGGCAAAAAAGGCAAAAGAAAAACAAAAGUCCAAACAUUUCCCCUCAAAUUGCUCACCUUUUUGUACAACCAUUUCCCAGGUUUGUUGCAUUUUUUUCACUCCCAAUCAUGAUAAUCAUUUUUGUGUUGGAAUCACUCCCAGUCAUUGCUCGUUAUUUACACCUUUUCAUCUUGUAUACUCAUCUUUACAGCCUUUUGCUUCAUACAACAAAAACCUCAUCUUCACCACAAACACUGAAAAUGAUGGACAACAAUUACUACUAACUAUCAACCCAUUUAAAGACAAACCCUAUCAACAGGCCGUAUCAAGCCAUAAGAACAGAAAAUGUUGAAAAAAUGAAAUUAGAGGCGAAUCUCAAUAUAUAUUAUAAAGUAUAAAUAAUAUAAAUAUAAAUAUUAAUAUAAAUAAAAAUUCAAGUUUUGUCCGAUUCUGAUGAUUAGACAAUUGUAAUUGAAGUAAACAAAAACAAAAAACGAUGAAAGCUGAUACAACAACAGCAACAAAACUGGUUUGCCAAAAAACACUUACACUUAUCCAUUCACCAAUUUCACGCAUAAAAAUGAACCAAAAAACAAGACUAAAUAUUCCUAACUUUUUAUCAAUCAAUCUUUCAACUUGGAAUGAAAAAUCCUGGGAAGAUAAUUGUUCGGACAAAAGAAGAGUUCAUUCAUUUUUAUCCAUCAAUUGUAAUUGCCUAAUUUACCUUUUCCUUUGUUUCCCUUUUUACCCGUCUUUGAACCCUUUCAAUCAAAACUAAUUGUAUUACCUGAUUGCUAACAACCUCAGAAUGCUCACAAUGUUAAUAUGAAAAUAAAAGAAUGUGAAAAAAAAUUAAAACAAAAAAA